AUGUCACCGCCUCGAAGAAAAUGCCAUUUUAACGCUGAGUUGCAAGCAGAGUAUCCAUUUUUGAAACAAAAAUCAAAUGUUUCACCGCAUAUUGUGUUUUGCCAAGUUUGCAGAAGUGAUGUUGAUAUUUCUAACAGUGGUCGCAGUAAUAUCAAACAACAUUUGUCCAAGAAGAAACACAUUUUGGCUGCAAAUGCAAACUUGAAGAGCAGAAAAUUGGAAACUUUUCUUAAAAGUGACAGUUCAAGUUCUGAAGAUAUGUUGAUUGCUGCCAAGGAAGGUACUUUUGCUUACCAUACAAUUAAGCAUUUGCAAAGCUUCAGAUCCUUAGACUGCACGUCAAAACUAAUUGUAAACAUGUUUGAACCAAAAUUUGCGGCAGCUCGAACCAAGACUGAGGCGAUUGUAAAAAAUGUUUAA